UUACUAGACCCAAUCCAACUGGAUUCUUUAAUCUUUUAUUAUUGAGUUUUAACAACUAAUUAAACAAUAAAGAAAAGGGGUAGAAAGAGAAAAAAGAAAGGAAAGGAGGCUGGGGAGUAGAAAACUAUUCACAGUGCGGUUUUUUAAUCUUUAAAUGUUUUGAAAUACCUUAAAGGCCUAGUGACACAUUCAGCUUCUAACUGACACAUAAGCCCAGUGACCCCUUCACCCCCCCCCAUAACUAACAUGACUUCUACUAUUCUGCACUGCCCCCAAAUCACUUUCCAGGCUACACUGAAUAAUGUGAGAUGUGUGGGAGGAACUGCUGGUUCUGACUUCUGAAUUACCUUCAGUACAACUGAGAUACAUUGAAGCAAGUGUCAGAACCGGAAAAAGGUUUAGGGGUGAAGUUCCCCUUUAAUAUUAGAUGCAAGACAUGAUUGUGAUUUUGGGAGUGUAAGGGUUAAAUCUCUGGUCACAUGGCUGCUGUGUGUAUAGGGGGCUGGGGUGCAAUUCCUGAAAGUUUUGGUGUUGCCAUGGUUACAGAGGGACUGUCCUGUGCUGCUGCCCCUGCUGUGAGAGUUCAGAUCUGCUGGGUCCUAGUGCCACUGUGUAUGUCUCCCAUUGGAGACCGUUAGUUUGGUACCCACUGGCACCAGCACCACAUACUGACUGCUCAUUGGCUGCUCACUCUGCUAUAUAUCUUCAUACUUCUAUUACUGGUUGCCACUUGUUGGACUACAUUUCCCAUCAUCCUCUGCUAGCCGAUUUCUCUCCAGCUGCUGCACAAGAUGGGGUUCUUACCCUUGGAGAGUCUCGGGUGCUCUUUUACCUCUAGAGGAGCAAUUGGAGCUCAGCGCAGGGGCGGGGGUCAGUCACAGCUUUGGGGAGAGCCGUCCCAUUGUCCAGCGGGGGGAGUGUUUAUUUCCAGGGAGGGAAACAAAUAAAAGGCGCCGAGAGAAAGUGGGAAGUGCCCACCCCCCACAAAGACACUUGCUGCUCAUAAAGGGGGCGGAGGAGCUUUCACUCUAAUCCCAUUCACUCGGGUUCCUAUAGUAAUACCCCCCAUCCAGCCGAGUCCUCUUUCCACUCGGGUCCCAGACUCACAGCAGAUUUAGAAGCAGCCGGGCUGGGGGUUGAAUUUGGGGGGGCUGCUUCAUUUUUCGGAUGCCCCCAGAGUUGAACCCAUGAGCAGUUUGGAGGAGACGCCGGACUCCACAGAGCAGAGACUGGAGGCAAUUAUAGAGGAACUCUCUGCCCGGGUGCUGAACUCCCCUGAAGAAAAGUGCCUCACUAUUGGUGGAGACCCAGCCAAUCCCACCCCAUCUCGUCUGCCCGCCCGGAUACGAGAAAUAGUAACCAGGAACCUCAGCUACCCGCCGGGCCCCGGCCUCCCCCCAGACAUGUCGUCCCUCCUGUCGUUGCAAGAGGAGAACCGGAUCCUCCAGCAGGAACUGUCCCGAGUGGAAGAUCUCCUGGCCCAGAGCCGUGCGGAGAGGGACGAACUGGCCAUUAAAUACAAUGCCAUCAGUGAGAGGCUGGAGCAGACCCUGCGGCUGGAGGCGGGGGAGAGGGAGAAGGAUUCCCUGGAGACGAGGAGUCUGGCGCAGCAGAACGUGGAGCUGAGGCGGAGGCUGGAGGAGGAGCAAGGCGCAUAUAAGCGAAAGCUUCAGGCCUAUCAGGAGGGGCAGCAACGACAGGCGCAACUUGUGCAGAAACUACAGGCAAAGGUCAUGCAGUAUAAGAAGAAGUGCGGAGAGGCGGAGCAGCAGCUUCUGGAACGAUCCUCAGAGUUGGAGCAGGAGCGCCUCACAAGUCGCCUGGAGCUGACAGAUAGCAGGUUGCGGCAUGAGGAGGAGACAAAUAAUGAUCUGGAGAGUGCACUUAUCCGAUUGGAGGAGGAACAGCAGAGAAGUGCCAGUCUGGCCCAGGUUAAUGCCAUGCUAAGGGAGCAGCUGGACCAGGCCAACUCAGCCAAUCAGGCGCUGAGCGAGGACCUCCGCAAGCUGACUGCUGAUUGGACUAAAGCCCGUGAAGAGUUGGAGCAGCGAGAAAGCGAGUGGCGGCGAGAGGAGGAGUCCUUUAACACCUACUUCAGUAAUGAGCACAGUCGUCUGCUCUCCCUCUGGCGCCAAGUGGUCAGUCUGCGGAGACUCUUCAGCCAAGUGAAAACCAUGACCGAGCGUGACCUCUCUCAGCUGCAUAAGGAGCUGUCCCAGUCCUGCCGGUCCCUCCACGCCUCGUGUCUGAGUGUGAGUGGGUCCCAGCGAGUGGCCGAGAGCACUGGGGUAGUUCAGGUGGAGAGACAGGCGCUGCAACUGGCACAGCUGGAGGAGCAGUUAAAGGAUAAAGUGCGCCAGAUGAUUCAGUUACAGGCAACGUAUGAUGCAGAGAAGGCAGAGCUGAAUGCCAGGGUCACUGAGCUCAAUAAGACUUUGGAGAGACUGCAGAGUGAGAGCAAAGAGAAUGAGAGGCAGAGACUGCAGGAGCAGGAGAAGAGCCGCUCAGAAGAACAGGUCACACUGCUGGGAGAGGAGGUGGAGGCGCUGAAGUGUGAGAGGGAGGUGCUGCAGGAGACACUCCGAGAUCUCACUCAGGCUGUGCUCAGUGACACAGACAGUGGCCUUCAGCUCUCCUGCAGCGACCGCACCUCCGACCCCACAGAGAGUGAGGGACUGGGAUUCAGUCUACGUGGGCUCUCCAGCAGCCUGCGCACCUCCUCGCCCCUCAGACGCUCCUCACCCCACCGCAGCAGCUCUCCCCGACGUAGCUUGUCCCCAGCCUUCAGGGAAUCCGCGAUGUCUGCCGUGCACUCAGCAUUGCAAAGGAGGCAGCUCCAAAUACAGGAGCUGAGAGGACGGCUGGAGGCUGGGCAGGAGACAGUGGGUUCCUUACGGAAGCAACUGAGUGAUAAUGAAAAUGACCGCAGGGUCUUAGAGCAGAAGAUCCAGCAGCUCCAGCAAGAAAAGGACAAUACGGGCGCCGCCAAGGAAGAUGUAGAACGUGAUGUCACCCGACUGCGCAAUAACAUAGAGCAACUCAGCGGGGAGAAGGCGACUCUGGAGAAGAAUUUGCAGAACCUGCAGGAACAUCUGGACGGGCAGCGCCAGGAAAACGAGAAGCUCCAAUUGGCCAACAGUGACCUACAGCGCCAGAGAGACCUCCUGCAGGAGGAGAAGGAAGACGUCUGCCAGGAUCGAGAGAGAACCUUGCGGGAUGUGGACAGGGGGCACAAGGCGCAGGAGCAGCUGGAGGUGAAGCUUUCGGGCCUGAGGAAGGAGCUGGUGGUGGUGAAGGAGUCGCUGCACAAGUGCACCCUGGAGAGGGAGGUGUCCGAGGCUGAGAAGGUUGAUAUUUCCCAGGCUUUGUCCAAGACGGAGACCCGACUGGCAGAACUGGAGCUGACGCUGAACAGACAGAGGACAGAAGAAGCGUCACUGCGAGAUGCGCUGUCUAAAAUGAGCGCCCUGAACGAGAGUCUGGCGCAGGACAAGAGCGAGCUCAGCCGAAUCAUUGCACAGCUGGAGGAGGAGCGGGCCCAUCUGCAGGGGCAGAAACAUGAGGUGGAGCAGGAAAAAGCCUCCAUUCGUGAUGAGCUGGUCCGUUUGGAGCAGGAGAAGCUGGAGCUGGACACGGAGCGAUUUGGGCUGGACAACUCCCUGCAGGCCAUGGAGCAGACCCGGGAGAAGCUGCUGCUGGAGGUACAAGCUCUGCGCAAGGAGCGGGUGCAGCUACAGGAGCAGCUGGGGCAGGUCUCCCGGCAGAGAAACAUGCUGAGCGAAGAUCUAGUGCAGAGCCGUCGGGAUGUGGAGCUGCAGAGCGAGUGUCUGCUCCGCGCCUCAAAGGAGAAAGAGGAGCUGAUGAAAGACAAGGGCAGCCUGGUGGUGCAGCUCACUGCUUCUGAGAGGGAAAGCCGGGCCCUGGCUGAGGAAAUUGCUGUGCUCAGGACAGAGAAGGAGGCUUUGGAGACGGCCCUGUUUGAGGCGCAGCAGCAGCUCAUUCACAUCACAUCCCGCAAGGAGCAGCUGGAAACUGACAGUCAGAACCUGCGGCUGAGCAAAGAGUCUCUGCAAGGCGAGAUCAGCUCUGUGCGUCGGCAGAUGGAGGCCGAGAUCAGUAAAUUAGAGCGAGAUAAAGAGGUUCUGAGUCAGCAACUGAACCAGACGGAACAUGAAGCCCAAGUCACCCUCAGGAAUGAGCAGAGAGCCCACGAGGAGGAUGUGGAACGGCUGAGCCUGGAAAAGAAUGAAUUGCGCCUGGAGCUGGAAUCGGAGAAGGAGGAGCUGGUGCAUCGGCUGACGCAGGAGCGGGAGGAGCUUAUGGCGCGACAUGAGAUGGAGCAUGAAGAGAUGGGCGAGGAGAUUGCAGCUUUGCAGCAGGAGAGAGACGACAGCCUCUUACAGGCGGAAUUUGAGAAACAGCAGGCGCUGUCUGUCAAGGAGUCUGAGAAGGCGUCUCUGAGUGAGAAACUGAGUAACACUCAGCACAGUCUCUCCGGCCUCAGUCUGGAACUGGAGCGGCACAAGCGAGACAACCAGAUCCGACAAGAGCAGGACAGGGGCACCAUCCUGACCCUAAACUCGGAGCUGAAGAACCUGCGGGUGCACUUGGAGGAGGCGCUGGUGUCACAUGACAGGGAGUUAAAGAGUCUGAAUGAGAAGAGCAGGGAGGUGGCCAAACACAGAGAGUCGGCCCUGCGGGAGGUGGAGGAACUAAAGACCCAGCUUUGUGUAGUUGAAGACGCCAGGGACGCGGUGCGGCGGGAGCUGAUUGAGGCUCACAGGCGAGUGCGGGAGAGUCAGGAGCUGCUGGAGGUUCACAAGAAGGAGAACAUGGACCUGAGACGGGCGCUGGGGGAUGAAGCCAAAGAGAAGGAGGCGGUACAGAAAUCUAAUGAGGAGCUGCGAGGGGCUGUACGCAGGGCGGAGAGUGAGAGGAUCAGUCUGAAGCGCAGUAACGAGGAGAAGGAGCAGAGACUCAGUGUGCUGGAUGAAGCCCGUGCCGCCUCGGAGAAGGAGGUCAAUGACCUGCGCAUCAGCUUGCGGGAUGUGGAACGCUCGCGUCUGGAAGCUCGCAGGGAGUUGCAGGAUCUGCGCAGGCAGCUCAAACUUCUGGAUGACGAGAGCAUCAAGCGCAGCCGGGACAUGGCGGAGGUGCAGGUGAGACUCACUACCUACGAGCAGCGCGAGGAAGACACUCGCAGGGACUACUUUACCCUCAAACAGAAGCUCAUAGAGACGGAGGCCGGCAGGGAGGCAGCGAGGAAAGAGUUAGGUUCCCUGCAGAGGAAAGUGGCUGAAGUGGAGAGUGAUUUUGGGGUGCGGGAGCGGGAGUUGCAGGGGAGCCUGGAGGAGGCCCGGGGGAAUGAGAAGAAGCUUCUGGACAACACUCGGAACCUUGAGCUUAAGCUGCAGGCGGCUCAGGAGGAAACGUCUCAGCUGGGCCUGAGUCUGAGUGCGAGUGAGGGCCGAGUGCACGGGCUGGAGGCAGAACUCGCCCGAUUGGAGGGACUGAAGCGGGAGGUGGAGUUUAAGCUGGGCAGCCUGCACUCUGCCCUCCGGAGAACCCUGGGCAUUGGACGAGCGGGUCGUACUCCAAGUCCGGCCUUUAGGGGGCGCAGUGGCUCUCCGAAAAGGCGUUUCUCACCCCAGAAGGGGUUUGAUAACACAUUCACCACAACCACCGACGGCCGUGGCAGUCCCAUUCCCCGCACAGGGAGCCCUGACCGCAGCAAGACCCCCGAACGCCUGCCGUCCCCCACCCGCGGGGAGCAGUUGGUCGCUGACAUCGACCCGGAGGUGGUGAGAGCGGCACUGCGAGACUUCCUGCAGGAACUGAGGGACACAGAGAGAGAGAGGGAUGAACUUCGCAACCAGUUGGGAACCUCAAAUCACCAUUUGGUGGAAAUGGAGGCCGAGCGAGACGGAGCACUCACCCGAGUUCAGCAGCUCCAGAAGGUCCUGUCUGAGUGUGAGGAAGGCAAACGCAAUGCAGACGGCAAGCUCAGCGGGUUACAGACAACACUGAUCCUGCAGGAAGAGACAAUGCGACGGUACGAGAGAGAGCGCAAGUUGGCGCAGGAGAAGGCGGCCAGUCUAGAGCGCAGCCUUCAGGCAAUAGAGAGUGAGCAGAGAGCAGCCCAGGACAAGCUGAACAAGAUCAAAGCCAAUGAAGCAAAAUACGAGAAUGAGCGGCGGCGUCUGAAAGAGGUACUGGACGCCUCUGAAAGCCGCAAUACCAAACUGGAGCUGUCCCGCCGGGGGCUAGAGGGGGAACUUCAGCGACACAAACUGGUUCUAGCUGACCGGGAAGCAGAGAUGCAGGAGAUGCAGCAGCGCAUGGAAGGACUGCAGAGACAGCUGUCGGACAGCGAGGGAAAGGUGGGCACCCUGCAGCUGUGUGUGGAUCGGCUGAAUGGCACCCUGGCCAAGGCUCAGGAGAGUGAGACGUCCCUGAAAGAGAAGGUGCAGAGUCUGACCGGGGCCCUGUCGGAGAGUAACUGCACCUCUGCCAGCUCCCAUGACAAACUCAACCAGCUGCAAAAGGUGCUGACGGCCAGUGAGCAUGAGAGGCGCAUCUUACAGGAGCGCCUGGAAGCCGCCCGGCAGGCAGUAUCGGAGGGGAAGAAGCAGAAUGGGGCACUAAUGGAGCAGAUGCAAGAACUGCGAGAUGAACAGGCAGAAGGGGAGCUCCAGCGGGUGGAGUUAGAGGGACAGGUGCGCCAGAUGCAGGAGUUGCUGCGCCAUAGACAGGAGAGUGAGGGCGCCUCCCUGAGGAACGUGCAGAAGCUGCAGGAGGAGCGAGAAGUGCUGCAGGAGCGGCUGUGUGGGCUGCAGCGAGCAGCCGUUCAGCUGGAGAGUGAGAAGCGAGAGAUGGAAAGGUCCUCAAUGCGCCUGGAGAAAGACAAGAACGCACUGAAGAAAACACUGGACAAGGUGGAGCGGGAGAAACUAAAGACAACUGAGGACACACUGAGAUUAUCAGCAGAGAAGGGGCGGCUGGACCGAUCACUGACCACAGUGGAGCAGGAACUGGCUGAGGCCCAGAGACAAGUGCAGCUCCUAGAGGUGCAGUUACACAGGGUUAUGCGCAAGAUCACGUACGGCCUGGCGCAGAUCGCAGACAUGGAGCAGACGCACUCACAGAGCCUUAUGGAGACGGCUGCGCGACACCGCCACGAGCUGCAACUGGAGAUUGAGCGUCUGCGCAAUGCUCAGAUUCAGGCGGAGCGCACGCUGGACGCACGAGAGAGGGCUCACCGGCAGCGAAUCAAAGGCCUGGAGGAGCAGAUUUCCACCCUGAAGGACCAACUACAGCAGGAGCUGCGCCGGUGCCAGAAAGUUUACAGCCAACCGUCUCUCCUCUCAGGGAAGUAAAUUCUGCCGAGGGGGGAGCCCUCGCACGUUCUACUGAUGAGACGAAGUUGUGAAGCACAAAAGUUUGGGAUUUUAUUCACUUGACUGCAGCGCUAAACCACAAUGAGGGGUGAAAUGGAGGUGCCACUACUGGGGGACAUUGGGGGUGUUACUGGGGAGCAGAAUGAAACAUGACACUACUUAGUGAGAACAUUAUGGUGCAAACAUUCCAGUAGCGCAUGGGGCACAGUAGUUUGACUGCUCCAGAAUUGGACCAAAUAGAAAAGGGCAUUACUAGACUGUACCAAUAAACUUCAACAUUCCUCCCAACCUCUGCGGGCAGAAUUGGACUGGGCCGAUGGGAAAUCUGCCAACCCAGACCAGCUCCCUGCUGGGGUGAUUGGCAUUGGAUAUGUGGGUCCCUGAAGGGAUGUGGGGGCCCUUGAGGUGGCAGACAUCCCGGUCCAACACUGUCUGGGUAUAUUUACCAGGGGGCAUUUAUAAGGGUAAUUCCUGUUCUGGAGCUGUGUGCAAGUUAGCAGAGCAGAUUUACCAUUGUAUUUAUCAAAUAGCCCCUCCUAUUAAUAAUCUGGGUGCUGGAUUAUAUGACUGAUGGUUCCCCAGUCUCAAAGGUACAAUCCAAACCAUUGGGGUAAAUAUAUUAGACGGAUACAUCACC